AUGUUGCCUUUUAGUGCUAUCCUGCUUCGGGACUACUAUCGGGCGAUCGGAUGGAACGAGGACAAUUCGUACAGUCAACUGACGAGAUCAUCCUCAGCUGACGCAUGGACAUCGUUCAGAGAUUUCCAGAUCCCAGCUUCUCUGAUCCUCCAACUUGCCAAUUCGCCCACUCCCGUCUUCUUCACUUCCUAUUCUCUUGACGCUUUGCCUCAACUCAAUGGAGCAAUAUCGUAUAUAACUACUUCACGACCUUUGAUCGGUCCAUCACGAAGCAUCCCAUUUCGGCAUGUCGUAGAGCGUUUCCGUGUCUUUCCUCCACCUAGACGUCCGCUGCCCAAGGAUGAAGUCUGGCUCCGUGGCAAGCGCAUCGAGGGAAGAGACUACCUACUCUAUUCUCGUCUUCACCUGCCUUCUCUUCACCUCUCCGGUCUAGCAACCACUCGGAUCACCCCAACACUCCAAGCACACCUUGCCUUCCUGUCGCAGCCUGCCCCACCAAUGCCGAGGUCCAAUGGCGCAUACUCCUCUCACGCUCGUCAACCCUCCGAACCUCCAUCUCCAGCGCCCUCCUCGUCGACACCCGGCAACGUCCUCCUCAGUCUACAACAUGAUACUGGUCGCUACAGUGGAGAAUAUACCUACUCAGCUCAAGACGGUAUGUUCGGCUUGAGAGGUCUAUACAACUUUGGCUGGCAUGGUGACAAUGAGACGCGCGAAAGAAUAGGCAAAGUCGGAAAAGGCGAUAGGAGAGUCGACGAAGAGGAGAUGAUGGAGGGCGGUCUGAGAGGUAGAUUCUCAGCUGGUGGAGAAGUCUACUUCUCAGCGAAGCAAAGAAGCUUCGGGAUCUCGACUGGUCUUCGAUUCACUACGCUUCCUCCACUACCUCCCUCUCCUGGUCCCCCGCCGCCCAGUCCACCAACCACGUUGACAUUGUUGUAUAACCCUCUCAUCGGUUUCGUUUCCUCCGCCUAUUCCGCUCAAGUCUCACCGACCGUAGCCCUAUCCUCGCGAUUUGGCGUCAAUGUUUACAGCUACGAGAGUGAUUUCAGCUUUGGAGGGGAAUGGUGGAUCGGUCGUAGGAGAGGCAAGAGGGAUCUGACGGAGAUGAAAAACGUUCUGGACAUGCCGGAUAUGAAGAUUCACGAGCCAGGUAUGGGAGCUGACCGAGAUGGAGUCGUGAAGGCUCGAGUCUCAGGCAAUUGGUCCAUCGCCUUGCUCUACGAGGCGAGGAUUAGGAAUUGUCUGGUGUCAGUCGGUGUGAUCUCAGACGUCUUGUCGAGGCAACGACCCAUACGAUCGGUAGGACUCGAGCUGCAGUACUUCUCAUGA